AUGGCCAGCAAUUCAGUUCUCUUUGCAGGCUCCCACAACCGCAAUGAGUUUGUCGCCAUUCACAACCAUGAAGAGCCAAAGUCGACUUGGAGAAACUUGGAUGGGCAAGUUUGUGAGAUAUGUGGAGAUGAGAUCGGGAAAACUGUAGAGGGAGAUCUGUUUGUGGCUUGUGAUGAAUGUGGAUUUCCAGUUUGCAGGCCAUGCUAUGAAUAUGAAAGAAGAGAAGGAACUCAACUCUGCCCUCAGUGCAAAACCAGAUAUAAACGUCUCAAAGGGAGUCCAAGGGUGCCCGGUGACGCUGACGAAGAGGACAUUGAUGAUAUUGAACAUGAGUUCAACAUUGAAGAUGAAAGCGAAAAUCAGAAGCAUGCAACAGAAGCUGUGCUCAAUGGGAAGUUAAGCUACGGAAGAGGCCCCAAUGAAGAUGAAAAUGCAGAGCUCUCACUAGUUAUCAAAGGAGAACAAACGCCUUCCUCUUCUCUUCAUAAACGAGUGCAUCCAUUUCCUCAACCCGGAAGCCAAAUAAACAAAGAUGGAGAAGGGAAAGAGAAAAUGGAUGACUGGAAAAUAUUGCAGCAAGGCAACCUUGUCAUGGAGACAGAUAACGGACAUGAUCCCGAAGUGGCCAUGCUUGAUGAAUCAAGGCAGCCAUUAUCAAGAAAGGUAGCCAUCCCAUCAAGCAAGCUCAACCCUUAUCGGAUGGUGGUGGUGGCUCGAUUUAUCAUAAUGGGCCUUUUUCUCCAGUACAGAGUCACCCACCCAGUCCAAGAUGCUAUUGGGCUCUGGCUCACCUCUGUUAUUUGUGAAAUCUGGUUCGCUUUCUCUUGGAUCUUCGAUCAACUUCCCAAAUGGCUUCCGAUCCAACGUGAGACCUAUCUUGAUCGCCUUUCCAUUAGAUAUGAGAGGGAAGGUGAACCCAACAAGCUUGCUCCAGUGGACGUUUUUGUGACAACAGUGGAUCCCUGGAAGGAGCCUCCUCUUGUUACAGCCAACACAGUUUUAUCGAUCUUGGCAAUGGACUACCCUGUAGAAAAAAUCUCAUGCUACGUUUCUGAUGAUGGAGCUUCCUUGCUCACCUUCGAAACCCUCUCAGAAACUGCUGAAUUUUCCCGCAAAUGGGUGCCUUUCUGCAAGAAAUUCAACAUCGAGCCUCGAGCUCCCGAGAUGUACUUCACUCUAAAAGUUGAUUAUCUUGCUGACAAAGUUCAACCUACAUUUGUCAAGGAGCGCCGCGUUAUGAAGAGAGAAUAUGAGGAGUUCAAGGUGAGGAUAAAUGGCCUUGUGGCGAAAGCGAGAGAGGUUCCAGUGGAGGGAUGGAUAAUGCAAGAUGGAACUCCAUGGCCUGGAAACAACACUCAGGACCAUCCUGGAAUGAUUCAAGUUUUUCUUGGGGAAGGUGGAGAUUUUGAUGCUGAGGGAAAUGAACUGCCUCACCUUGUUUAUGUCUCUCGUGAGAAAAGACCUGCUUUUCACCAUAAUAAGAGAGCUGGUGCCAUGAAUGCCUUGGUUCGCGUCUCCGGGGUGCUAACAAAUGCACCGUUUAUGCUGAACUUGGAUUGUGACCAUUAUGUAAACAACAGCAAAGCUGUGAGAGAAGCAAUGUGUUUUCUGAUGGAUCCACAGGCUGGGAAGAGGGUUUGUUUCGUCCAAUUCCCUCAAAGAUUUGAUGGAAUCGAUAAGCACGAUCGCUAUGCAAAUAGAAAUAGAGUCUUCUUUGAUAUUAACAUGAAGGGUCUAGAUGGCAUUCAAGGUCCAAUGUAUGUUGGCACAGGAUGUGUUUUCAGAAGGCAGGCUUUGUAUGGCCAUGAACCUCCAAAAGCUGUCAAGCGUCCGAAAAUGGAAAGCUGUGGCUGCUGUCCAUGUUUUGGCCGCAAAAAGAAGCAUCAGAAAGUUACAAAGUCACUAGUAAAUGGAGUGGUUGCUAGCUUAGAAGAAGUGGAUGAUGAAAGCAAGGAACAGUUGAUGUCCAAGAUGAAUUUUGAGCAUAGAUUUGGAGAUUCAUCAAUUUUUGUGACUUCAACUUUAAUGGAGGAAGGUGGUGCCCCACCUUCCUCAAGCAAAGAAGCACUUCUAAAAGAAGCUAUUCAUGUGAUGAGUUGUGACUAUGAAGACAGAACUGAAUGGGGAACUGAGUUGGGAUGGAUUUAUGGUUCAAUUACAGAAGAUAUCAUCACAGGAUUCAAGCUACAUUCAAGAGGCUGGAGGUCCAUUUACUGUAUGCCAAAGAGGUCUGCAUUCAAGGGUUCGGCUCCAAUCAAUUUGUCAGAUAGGCUCAAUCAGGCCCUUCGUUGGGCACUUGGUUCUGUUGAGAUUUUCUUCAGCAGGCAUAAUCCAAUCUGGUAUGGCUUCAAGGAAGGAAAGCUCAAGUUUCUUCAGCGUUUCGCAUAUAUUAACACAACAAUGUAUCCCUUCACCUCUAUAAUAAUUCUCACUUACUGUCUCCUACCUGCAAUCUGCUUGCUUACUGAUAAAUUCAUCAUGUCAGAGAUGAGUGCAUUUUCAGGACUCCUGUUAGUUGCUCUAUUCAUCUCAUUCUUUGCCAGUGGCAUACUUGAGCUGAGAUGGAGUGGAGUAACUGUCGAAGAAUGGUGGCGAAAUGAGCAAUUCUGGGUAAUUGGUGGCAUUUCUUCACACCUAUUCGCUGUUGUGCAAGGCCUGCUGAAAAUCCUGGCUGGAGUUGACACAAUCUUCACUGUUACAUUCAAGUUAUUUGAUGACAAGGAAUCAAAAGAGCUAUAUAAUUUCAAAUGGACAACUCUUCUGAUCCCUCCAACGACUGUUUUGAUCAUCAACCUUGUCGGCAUUGUUGCAGGGUUCACGGAUGCCAUGAACACUGGCUACCAGGCACUUAGACCUCUAGUGGGAAAGCUCCUCUUUGUUUUCUGGGUGAUUGCACAUCUCUAUCCUUUCCUCAAGGGUCUAAUGGGGAGGCAAAACAGGACGCCAACCAUUGUUGUUAUAUGGUCUGUUCUUCUUGCUUCAAUCUUCUCUUUGGUUUGGGUGAGAAUUGACCCUUUUGUGAUGAGAACAAGGGGACCUGAUCCUAAGGAUUGUGGAAUCAACUGCUGAAAACAAUGUUCUUAUGCAAAAAUAUGUAUAUUUCAUUGAGUACUUUGUGAUGUUUGGAUGUAUGAAUCAAACCAAAAUGCAAAAGGAAUAAAGGCAGAGUGAAAAUUUUUGCA